CCCCCAUCGGUACGGUUGACGUCGGCGCGGCGCCAUAUUCGAAGUAGGCUCAAUCAUUCUCCGACUCGUAAACAUUUUGGAACGCAAGUUUAACUUCAAUUAAAUCAUUUGGAUGUCUGUCGUCAGCAUUUUCAUCAGGAUCGCAGUAGGUCCACAUUUGUGGUUCCUACACGAGUAACAUCUGAGGAUGAUAAACGCCUGCUGUACUAUUUGCCACGACCAUUUUGAGGGAGACGUGGUGGUCUCGGCGUGCCCCUGUGGUCAUACUUUCCACGAAGACUGUUUGCUGAAGUGGCUGUCCACCUCCUUAACGUGUCCCCAGUGUCGACAGAGAGCCACAGGCAGGACCGUCAUUAAGCUGUUUUUCGAGGCCGGAUCUGACACUAGCGAGGAUGACCCCAGCAAGCUAAAGAAUGAGUUGAGUGCCUUGCAAGCUGAACUUAAAAAACGUGAUUCGACGAAAAAGAACCUGGCGCAGGAAAAUGAGCGGCACUCUAACACGAUCCGAGGGUUGAACAAGAAAGUCAAAGACCUCUUGCACAACCUCCAAGCUGAGCAAACUACAUCCGACGCUCUGAAGAAGCAGUUGUCGUUGUUGUCGUACCAGAUAGACGAGGCGAAACAGGCCAAGAAAGAAACCAAGAGACUCCGAGAAAAACUUCAGUUUCUUGAAAGACUACAGCGUGUUCUGACCGACAAUGCCGAGGCGACAGAAUCUCUACUCAGUGAGUACGGGGACGGCCCCAGAGCAGCUAAAGAGCUGGCAACCUACUGCGUGACACUCAAGAGGGAGUUUGAAAACAACAAAUUGAGAAGGAGCCAGUUGAAGAACGAGCUGGACGAAGCCAGGAGGAAAUUAUCAACGAGCACAAAGAAUUUAAUGAAGACGAGCCAGGAGUUGGAACGGGCCCACAAUCAGCUGAGGGGUGCCGAGGAAGAUCUACAGUGCGCCCUCAAGGAGAAACAAACCCUGAAGGACCGACUGGCCAGCCUGCAGACAACAAUGGAAUCCCCCAGCGGAGCCAGCAAGAGCGCCCUCACCAGGCUCAUCAUGGAGAGCCCUGCACCUUGCCAGUUCAAAACUCCCAAGCUGAGUACCCCAGACAACGGCACGGAUAUCAGUCUAGAUGACGGCAUCCCAUCCAACCCCGGCAACCCAAGCACACCCAGCUUGUUUGACGAGCCCAGCCCCAGCGUGCUGGCCAAGAAGGAGUGCCGAGAGUUUGGUCUGCCGUUUGUGAAGACGACGUCGCUGGCACACAAGAACAAAAAGUUCAAGAGUCAGAGCUCAGAGGAAUCAGAUGCCAUGGUGAUGUCGGCCAUUGCCAACUCGGGUCUGUUUGGCAAUCGACGACCCCUUCAAGAUUCUGGGAGUAACUUCCGCAAGGGCUAUGACGGCCUUGGUGGCCAUGGAUCAUUCAUCAAGCCCUCCGGAAUCAGUGUUAGGGGUAUAAAGAGGAGAACACACUCAUCAACAAGGCGACCCUCCGUAAACAAAACCCUCCCAAAGCUUCCCACUUUGGACAAGUUCUUAUGAUGACUCGGAUUUUCCCGCGCUCCUCAGAACUAAGCCCAAAAGGCUUCCCAAUCCAUGAAAUUCAUUCCAACAGGAACGGGAUUCGGCCAUGGAAGUUCCAGGCUGAAUCAAGUACCAGACAGUGACGUUUCCCUUUUGCAGAGGAAAAACAUGAGGAGUGGCCUGAUGGAAUUAUCAAUUCCUACGGAAGUUUUCAGGAAACUGGAGCAUCAGUUGGCACGAGGAGGUCAGAACUAUAACUGUGACGUUUUCCAUGGAGCGGAAAGCCUUAAUGAGAAGUUUCCAAGUAGGAAUUCCCACGGAAGUUCACGGGAAACCUGAACAUUGGCACAAUGAGGUCGUAGUGGCAUUUUCCAAUGCAGAGAAAAAGCCUUGGAGUACUGCGAUGGAAAAGGCAUUUCCUAUGGAAGUUCUCAGGAAACCUGAAUAUUGGCACAAGGAAGUCAUAACUAACAUUGGAAGUUUUCUCAGGAAGUUAUGAAGGCAUCGUUGACUUUUCCAUCGGGACUAAGAUUUAGUCAAAACAAGGAACUGCCCGAGGAGACUUGUUUUAGAGAUAUUUAUUUUUUAUUAUCCAAAAUAAAAUUGUUUUCUAAUCAGUGUGUAAGUAAUUUAUACUCAAUAACCUCAACCAGGUUUUUGGAGGAUUUUCCAGGAUUUGGGAGGUGCAGCUCAGCACCUGCUGCAUGGAAGCCCUGGAAAGUGGAUUUUGGAGGAUUUCUGCUGAUGCCAAGCAAAAAUGUGAAGCGUUCUGGCAAAAUGUGACAGAACGGGGCACAGACCAUAGUGGAAAAAAAAAAAAAAUGAUUGGGUCUUUUUUAUUUUUUAUUUUCAGAUUUAUUUAUAUUUGUAACCUUUGAUAUGUUUACUACAUGUAUAUUAAAGGUAUACUGGUAGUGUAAAAUAUGUGGAAUAAUAUUGUUAAGGAAAAAGAAUUGGCAUUUUUCAUUUUUAAGAAUACAAAACUUGAAACUUAAAUGACUUUUUUCCUCAGUAUUUUACUUUUUUUGACAUGACAAAAAUGCAACUUUAAACAGCAAUAACUUGUCAACGGAAUGUCCAAGUGUGAGUGUAACAAACAGUAUAUGUCUAGAGAAUUUUAUUCUGUUUUCUAUUAAUCCUGCAUUUCGGCCUCUGCCCAGUUCUGUCUCAUUUUUGCCAGAACGCCUCACAAAUGCCUGACUUUUGGUUGGAUUUUUUCUGCAUUUUCUGUAAUCACUAUUCCCUCAGCAAAUUUGUUUUCUUCAUACUAAAUUUAUCCUCAUUUAAUCUAUUCCCCCCCCCCCAAUAAAAAGUCAAAUAUUAGUUUUGCUUAUUUCAGCUGCAGACAAUCAGGCUAUUAAACAUGCAUAUAUAGAAUUAAAAGAUUGAAGUAUAAACUGAAGAAAUAACUGCUGUCAAUUACAUUAGGCC